CGGUCGGUAAUUCCUGUUUGCUUUGCAGGAGAGUUGACGUCCAUAUUUACAUUGAUAAUUGCUUCUAACCUGAAAAAUAAUAUUCUUUUGCUGUAUAAAGUGUAUUUGGAAAAUUAACAUUCGUCACUUUUAAGGAUAAGUUAAAGAACAUUUUAAAAAUGCAGGACCCAAGUGACGAUUAUUCUAGAAGGUUGUACGUUCGUGUACCGUUUACUAUAAAAAAUGAUAAUCAAAUAAAAGAACUCUUUUUGGGAGAUGUAAAAGUCAAGCUUCCUAGACAGUCUGCUAGAUUUUGCCAUGUUGUAUUUCCUGAUAUCGACCAGACAAUAAAGAAUUUGAAAAUGAUUAAAAAGAAGACACUGAAUGGGAAACAUAUAAUUGCUUAUAUCCCCAAACCGAGGCCUGUCGAUGAGAGAAAAGAAAGGAACAAGAAGCGUAGGAAGGUUACUGUUCCUGUACCAAAACCUGAACCUAAAGCUACUCGAUCAUUGUUCAUCUCGAAUAUAAAACCCGGCACAAAGAUGCAUGAGAUCAAGGAAGCAUUCACUGGUUGCUUAGCAGUUAAAUUUCUAAAAAUGAAUGCAUCAAAGUUAAUGAGUGCCAUCAUUAAAAUGGAGGACUUUCAAGUAGCCGCACAAUAUAUAAAGAAGGAACGUGAAUGGCCAAUUGUGAAUGGCAAUAAAUUAUAUGUACAUGCUGAUACAAGAAAGCGUAAAAAGUCUAAUAUAAAACAAGAUAAGCCCUUCAAGAUAUACAAUAGCAAACCUGAGAGUCCAAUGAAAAACAAUUUGAAUGAAAGCACAACCGAUGAAACCGAGGAAGAAGAAAAUAGUGGGACUGAGUCAGAAUCAAGUUUGGAAGAAUGACAUUAGACCUAUUUAGACAAUUAGAUUAUCUUAAAAAUAAUUUUAUAUUUAUAAAU